UGUCUAGAUCUAGGAUCUAGUCAUUCUCUUCUAUCCUACAGAUCACAUAAUACUCAUGUUGAGUGAAUUGGCUGCAAGCUUGGUGAAUGUGCAAGACAAAACUUGGAGUCUCAAAUCUUCCAAAACGUUGACUCCUGUUUUGGAAAUUGGAAGUGGAAUAAAAACUAAAUGUAAAGCAAUGAUUCCAAAUCAGGCUUCUCGAGAUACAUGGGGGACUUCAGUGCAAGGUUACUAUUGUGGGUCCCCUGCUGCUGCGAAUUGGUUUAACUGGGCAGCUGGUCAAUCUGCGUCAGGAAGAUCAGGGUCAGGCUGGGGACCUUAUUCAAGCCAUACUUCUACAUCACAUUCAGGUGGAGAAGGGAAGGAGGAGGGAGAGAGAGGGAACGAAAAAUCAGCCAAACUUGGAAUUAAUUCAAAUAUUUACAGUUUUUAUCAGAAUAGAAACCAAAGCUCUGCAGUGUCUGAACAGAAUAUGAAUCAUAUUCAAGGAAGAAUAGAAAGGGAUACGGAAGGAGGAGUAUCAGGGAUUCAUCCAACCAUCCAUCAAGAAUCUGGGUAUAUUUCCUGCCAGGACAAGGAGACUGAUUUAACCUGUUUAAAACAAGAAUCCAAUUCGGGGAUUCAAUCAGGGUUCUUGGGGGUUCUAGGGGAGACCCUAGAAGCCCAGUUUGGGUCCCUGGAGGACACUGCAUCCUCUAAAAAGGCAAAUGAGACUCAAGGAGAAGGUUUUGAUGCAGACAGAAGAUAUGAACAAUCGGAGUUAACCAUUGACGAAGGAUCGUGUAUGGAACCAGACUCAUCUACUGAUCUCUCCUUAGAGCCUGGCUCGAGUAUUACUACUUACAACCAAAGGAACCUCAAGCAAUCUCAGAUCAGUAUUAGUGGAAACAGUUACCAAGGUGGACAUCAAGGCAGUGGUAGCAGCGGAAGUGGAACGGACAUGCGCACAGACCGUCGUACAGACCUGCGCGCAGACGUUCAUGCGGAGCUGCGCACAGACCUGCGUUCUCAGUUAGAUCUUGAACAAGAGAAAGCAUUCAAACAAUCAAAACAGUUUGCUCAACUUUUCAAAAUUAAACCGGAGGCUACAGAAGAAAACUUCAAACGACGCCGGCUGGAUCCUUCGGAGGUGUCAGAGGUUGAAUAUCGGAGGAUUGUCGGAGGAGGUAAUUUACCGUUGUCGGUAGAGAUAGAUGAACUUGAAAACAGCUCAGAAUCCAUAUCUCCACAUGCCCAGAGGCUGGUUGCUGGACUUCUAAGCCCCCGGAAGCGGGGUCGGAAACCAAAACAUUAUUCUGAAAUCCUGUACGAGCUCGGGCAGAGAGGAAUCAGUAUUACUAAAACCCAAAGGAACGAAUCUCCUCCUCCUUCUCGACCUCAUCCUCCCUCGCCUAUCCUAGCACCCCUAGAUCCACAUGCUCUCAACAAAUCAGGGAAUCAGUCUCUAAAGUGCCCGCAUUGUAACAAGGUUUUAACGACAUCUGUUGGACUCAUGUAUCAUAUUAGACUGCAUACAGGAGAAAAGCCUUACACAUGUGACUUAUGUGGUAAAAGUUUUGCUACCUCAAGUCAUUAUCAUUAUCACAUUAGAACUCACAGUGGGGAGAAACCCUACAGGUGUGAUUUCUGUGGAAAGAUGUACACUGCUUCUGGAUCUUUAAGACUUCACCUAAAGUCCCACUUGACUCGGCUGUCGGCCAAUGUUUUCGGCAGCCUCGGACUCAACAACCUCGAUACCUUCAACAGCCUGAAUAUGUUCCGCGGCCUCGAGUCUAUGCUGGCGGAGAAAGCAGGAGGCGGGGGUGGCGUAGGGUUAGAGCAGACAGAUCAGGGGAAUUCAGAUUUCAAGUUCAAUAUUAAACAGGAAAUAUUUGAUGGCGGAGCCGAGCGAAGAGACGUUGAGGACGGGCGGAGAGUGGCGGAGGCUGGGCAUAGAGAGACGAAGGAGACUGGAGGUCAUUCUCGUCCUGAUGAUCUUGGUCUCGGGUCAUAAACCUUGAGUUGCCUUGAAUACAAGACUAAUCCCUUCUUCCUUAAUCCAUCUUUUUUUUACUAAAUCUUCGAGACACUUAGGGAAAACUUCGCAAUCUGUUCACAGAACCUUUUUCGUAAAAUUAGCCGCCUUUAUAGCAGACUGAAGACUUACUGAAUUUGCAGAUUAAUAAUUCCAGAUGCGAAAAUUGAACUACUUGAUGCAAAGGCGCUAGAUGCUAAAUAUUGAUCUAAUCGAUGUCAAGGCUCUUAUAAAGAUGCAGUGUAAAAUGUAACAACAUAUACCACGCUUUUUUGCAAAAUGUUAGGUUUUAAGCCAUCUUGGCAAAAAUUGCUUUAAACUUAAGAAUUGUUUUAACACAUUGAAACAUUUAAGUUAAUUUGAAUGUGAUUAAUUUUGUCAUAUUGUUCGGAACUGAACUCAAACGUUGAAUCUACCAUUGUUUUGAAAUUAGUCCUUAGGUCUUGUCUUGUGAAGACAAUAAAUUUGAAGUUACCAUGUAGAUAGAUAGAUAUCAUAUAAUGAUGAUUUUUCAUCUGCAUUUUAUCCUUGUAUUAAAAUUGCAUUUAGUAACUUAAUCCCAGUGAAUCAUAACUCCAGAAGUUAGAACUCUUGUGUUGGGAGUCUCAUUGAUCUAAAUCCUCUUCGAUAUCAAGUGCUGGGUAAACCGUACAGGGAUACUUUAAUUGAGGGAUUCAGCAUUGAUCCUCAGUUUAAAAAUACCCAAAUUGUAUAUCGAGAUCAGCGUGUAAGAUCAACGAUACUCCAUACAAAAGUUCCGAAAUCAGCUGAAUUCUGCAAAAUGUAGGAAAUGUUACUAAGUAAUUCCUCUACGUUAAUCAUCGUUUUUAAAGUUAACAUUUAUAAACAAAAAUGUUAAUAACAAAUUACCAGUAUUCAGUCAAUAGCAAGUAUUUAACAACAUUUUUCUAUCCGAAUUAAUCCUGAAUUAUUUUGUCAGCAAUUAAUAACUUCUCUAAUAGUAAAGAAAAUGAUGUCUAAAAGCAUUUAAUUUUUUCUAUUAAAUGUAAUGAAAACCUCUAAUGUCAUAAAAUAAGUCUGUUAUGACUGAAAUUACACGUUUUUUGGAUGUAAUUAAGUUCAAUGCUCAUGUACAACGUACAUAAAAUCAACAGACUAUUGGACUUCUGAAACUUUUGUGCGCCUUAACAUAUACAUUACAAGGAAAUCCAAAGACUGGAAAUAAUUUUAAAUGUACAAAAUUUAUGUACACAUAUGAGGAAGUCUCAUAUUUGAAUAUAUUUUUUGUAUCUCAACUUUUCACCCCCCCACUCGAACCUAUUUUGAAAAUUAAAUUUUGUUUACUUUUUUAUACUCUUGUAAUUCAGUUCGCAUAGUACAAUGUACAUUGUACAAUGUAUAACAUUCAUAAUGUUAUACAUUGUACAAUGUAUAACAUUCAUAAUUUUUUAAUGGACUCCAAAUGACGCAACCGUACAUAAAUGUACAUGUUAGGAGGUCUAAGUUUGACAAUUCAUUAAUUAAUCGCAUUGUACAUUAAUUGUAUUUUGUAAAUUGUGCAUUUGUAAAAUGUACAAUUUACAACUUACAAUUGUUUUUUCCCAAUAACGUCUGAAAUGAAUUGGUUUAUUAAACAUUGCAAUCCUGUAAUCCUAAAAUUAUUACAAAUGUCACAAUUUUCCAACCAAUCAUUGGACAAGAUAUCUCAAAUAUCUUUUAGCGUUUUGUCACAAAACUGCAAACAUUUUACCCCUUCCUUAUAACAGUAAGGUGCUGCCAAGCUUACACUGAAAACUAAAAACUUAUUGACAAACAUUUACCUAAUAAAUGUAUUAUACAUUCAAACCACUGUAUAAUGUAUGAGAUACAUUUAAAACAUUAUCAGUUGAAGAUUUUUUAUAGUUACUCUUAGUAUUUUCUAGUAUUAUGUAUUAUAUUAUAGUAUCUCCUAGUUAGCUACUAACUCCACGCAGAUUCAACACUAUAAAUUGGAAACUUUUGGUUUAGCCGCCAAGUUUUGAAUUAAAGGGCUUAGCUUGGUUUCUGAAUCCACUCUUCUAAAUGGUCGAGAUGGGAUGUUUUUUCUCUACUUUCUACUAUUUCUAAUUUAUUUUUUAACUUUUCAACUUUUCCUGUUUAUAGGGUUGACUUGCGUUUGUUAAACCUGUAAAUGUCAAUUUAUGAAGAGGUUAUUUCCGCUAGUAUUAGUGGAUAUUUCCGCUAGUAUUAGGGGAUAUUUCCGCUAGUUUCAGAGGAUAUUUCCGCUAGUAUUAGGGGAUAUUUCCGCUAGUUUCAGAGGAUAUUUCUCCUAGUAUAAGAGGAUAUUACCCCUGAUUGUAGAGGGUAUUCCCUCUAGUAUUAGAGGAUGUUUUCUCUAGUAUUAGAUGAUUCCUUUAGUAUUAGAGGAUAUUUCCUCUAGUAUUAGAGGAUAUUUAGUAUUAAAGGGAUAGUUUCUCUAGUAUUAGAAGAUAUUUUCUCUAGUACUAGAGGAUAUUUUCGCUAGUAUCAGAGGAUAUAUCCGCUAGUAUUAGAGGAUAUAUCCGCUAGUAUUAGAGGAUAUAUCCGCUAGUAUUAGAGGAUAUUUUCUCUUUAUUUUAGAGUACAUUUUCUCUAUUAUGAUGAGUCCAACAAAACUUAGUUAUAAACAGUAUCUUCCUUCUAAUAUUUAUUAAAUAAAUUUCUAGUCAAAACUUGA